AUGCCCGACUAUGGUGCAUCACUGGAGGAGCUCCGCGCCCUUAUGGAGUAUAGGAGCGCCGAAGCCAAGGAAAAGAUCGAUACUGAUUACGGUGGAACGGCGGGUCUAUGUGAAAGGCUGAAAACUGAUCCCAAUAAUGGUCUUCCCAAUAACGAGGCAGAACUUGAAAAGAGGCGAAAUGUAUUUGGAGCAAACGAAAUCCCACCACACCCUCCUAAAUGUUUUUUACAAUUAGUUUGGGAAGCUCUUCAGGACGUCACACUGGUGAUUUUGCUGGUUUCUGCUAUUGUAUCACUUGCCCUUUCGUUCUACAGGCCGCCGGGAGAAGAUACUGCUGGUUCUGAUGACAGUGAACAUGAUGCCGGAUGGAUUGAAGGCGUGGCUAUUCUCAUAUCGGUUAUUGUUGUUGUCCUUGUUACCGCUCUCAAUGAUUACACCAAAGAACGUCAAUUCCGCGGACUCCAGGCUAAAAUCGAGACUGAACACCGAUUCUUCGUCCUUCGUGGAGGUCAAUCGAUCCAAGUCGUUGUUAAUGAAUUGGUUGUUGGAGACAUUGCUCAGAUUAAAUACGGAGACUUGAUUCCUUCUGAUGGAGUACUUAUCCAGUCAAACGAUCUUAAAAUGGACGAAUCUUCGCUCACCGGAGAAUCCGAUCAGAUCAGGAAAAGUCCCGAGCACGACCCAAUCAUUUUGUCUGGAACGCACGUUAUGGAAGGAUCUGGAAAGAUGUUGGUGACAGCUGUCGGAGUUAACUCACAAACUGGAAUCAUCAUGACACUGCUCGGAGCUGCCAAGACUGUGGCUGAGGAAGAACGAAAGACUGCCAAGAGAGAGGGAGGCGAUGGAGCAUCUGGAGCUGAAGAAGGAACGGCACAAGCACUGCUCGAUUCAAAAGGCGAGGAUGGUAUGGCUAAUGGAAAGGCUGUUGCUGCCGCUGAGGCUGAUGGAAAGAAGGAGAGAUCUGUGCUUCAAGCUAAACUCACUCGAUUGGCUAUUCAAAUCGGAUAUGCUGGAUCUUUCGUGGCUGGUUGCACCGUACUCAUUCUCAUCAUUCGUUUCUGUAUCUCUACAUAUGCUAUUAAUGGAAAAUCCUUCUCCCUUGCCGACUUCCAACACUUCAUCAACUUCCUCAUCAUUGGAGUAACAGUUUUGGUAGUAGCCGUUCCAGAAGGUCUUCCACUUGCUGUCACUCUAUCUCUUGCUUACUCUGUCAAGAAGAUGAUGCUUGACAACAAUUUGGUUCGUCAUUUGGAUGCUUGCGAAACCAUGGGAAAUGCCACAUCUAUUUGUUCUGACAAGACAGGAACUCUCACCACCAACCGAAUGACAGUUGUUCAGUCGUACAUCAACGAAGUGCAUCACAAGGACACUCCAAAAAUUGAAACUUUGGAUCAAAACACCGCUAAACUCAUGAUGGACUGUAUUUCGAUUAACUCUUCCUAUUCGUCCCAGGUCAUUCCACCAAAGCAACUCGGAGAACAGGCUACUCAACUUGGAAACAAAACCGAAUGUGGAAUGCUCGGAUUCGUUCUUGCUCUCGGAAAAUCUUAUCAAGAAAUUCGUGAUCGUCAUCCAGAAGAAACCAUUCCAAAGGUUUACACCUUCAAUUCUGUCAGAAAAAGCAUGUCUACCGUAGUCAAUCUUCCGGACGGUGGAUACCGUGUAUUCAGCAAAGGAGCGUCUGAAAUCGUUACUAAAAGAUGCAAAUACUUCCUCGGGAAGAAUGGAUCUCUCACCAAAUUCAGCUCAAAAGAUGCCGAAAACUUGGUCCGUGAUGUUAUCGAACCAAUGGCUUCUGAUGGUCUUCGUACAAUCUGCGUAGCUUACAAGGAUUACGUUCCAGCCGCCAAGAAGACCUCGGAUAACCAAAUUGCCUAUUCAUCUGAACCAGAUUGGGAGAAUGAGGAAUCUAUUGUUGGAGAUAUGACCGCUAUUGCUAUUCUCGGAAUUCAAGAUCCAGUACGUCCAGAAGUACCAGCCGCUAUCACUCGUUGCCAGGAAGCUGGAAUCACUGUCAGAAUGGUCACAGGAGACAACAUCAAUACGGCUAGAUCUAUUGCCACUGCUUGUGGAAUUUUGAAACCAGGAGAAGACUUCAUUGCUUUGGAAGGAAAGGAAUUCAAUGCUAGAAUUCGUGACGAGAACGGAGAAGUUUCACAGGAGAAGCUUGACCUGAUCUGGCCAAAACUCCGUGUGUUGGCUCGUGCUCAACCAUCCGAUAAGUACACUUUGGUCAAAGGAAUCAUUGACUCUCGUGUUACCGAUUCUAGAGAAGUCGUUGCUGUCACCGGAGACGGAACAAAUGACGGACCAGCUCUCAAAAAGGAUGUUGGAUUUGCUAUGGGAAUUGCCGGAACUGAUGUUGCUAAGGAAGCUUCUGAUAUUAUUUUGACUGAUGAUAACUUCACUUCCAUCGUGAAGGCUGUCAUGUGGGGACGUAACGUAUAUGAUUCGAUCGCCAAAUUCUUGCAAUUCCAAUUGACUGUCAACGUUGUCGCUGUCGUUGUCGCAUUCGUCGGAGCUUGUGCCAUCCAGGAUACUCCUCUGAAAGCCGUACAGAUGCUCUGGGUUAACUUGAUCAUGGACACUCUUGCCUCAUUGGCUUUGGCUACUGAAAUGCCAACUGAAGAGUUGCUCAAAAGAAAGCCAUAUGGACGUACUUCUCCACUCAUCUCAAGAACGAUGAGCAAGAAUAUUUUGGGACAUGCUGUCUAUCAACUCGUUGUCUUGUUCACUCUCAUUUUCUAUGGAGAGGUUUGCUUCAGCAUUCCAUCAGGAAGAUGGGCUCCACUCCACUCUCCCCCAUCCAAACAUUUUACCAUUGUCUUCAAUACCUUCGUCAUGAUGACUCUCUUCAACGAAAUCAAUGCUAGAAAGAUUCACGGAGAACGUAACAUCUUCAAGGGUCUUUUCUCUAACCCAAUCUACUAUGUAAUCUGGAUUGCCACUAUGAUCUCACAAGUUGUUAUCGUUCAAUUCGGUGGUCGCUGGUUCAGUACUUCCGCUUUGAACACAACUGAAUGGCUUUGGUGCUUGGCUUUCGGAGUUGGAACCCUCCUCUGGGGACAAAUCGUCACUAGUAUCCCAACUGGAUCUCUUCCAGCUAACAUGACAAUUGGAUCCGGAGAAGCCCCAACUAAUGAUCCAUUGAUGCCCGAUUACGAAGAUUCCGACACUCACGAGAAGAGAUCCGGGCAAAUACUUUGGGUUCGCGGAUUGACUCGGCUUCAAACUCAGGUUAUUGGCGGAGAGCGCUCGGAUCAUCUGAUCCCGGUGCCGUUGAGCAGUGCACCGACUGAUCAAGCAAUUCGUGUCGUGAAAGCAUUCCAAGCUGGACUCGAUCGUCGGGAGCCCAGUUUGACCGGACAGUCGGCCGCUCGACUGCGUGAAAUCAGUCGGCAAUUGCGACUUCAAGUUGAUUCCGAAAAUCGGGCACGGUCCACAUCUCGCGGAAAUAUCAAGGAGACAAAUAACCUCUAG